GGCAUAAAAAAGUUUGGGAUCAAUGAAUUAUCAGGGCAGCCAAGCUGGAGUAAAACAGUUUAAAUGAGACUGUUUCUGAUGUUGAGUUCCACGCACACAGCAGGAGGGGGACAAAGAUGUGUGGUCACGACUCAUGACGCAACCCAGUUCGUCAUGAACUGAAUCACAUUGGAAUUUAUUUCGUGACGUGAAACCAGGUUAACACUACGGUGGGACACGUUUGUUUUAUUAAGUUGCUUAUACCAUUAAUAUAGCAAACCCUGCGCUCUACUUUUCACCGCUGGAUUAUACUCUGCAUAGUAGUGCUUAUUCCUGAAAGUGGCCUUAGUGAAAUCGCCUUUUUAUCGCCUUUUUUCACAAUACGGAUAUAUUCAUACUCUUACACUCUGCCAUACUACAUAGCCUUGUAUUUUACCCAGUGGUGAGAGGUUGCGCUUUACACUGAAUCGCGAGGGGCUCUGGGUAACUGUUACCGAAUUCUCUGAGAAGACAAUGCCUGGCAUUCCGUCUGUAUACCUGUGGUCGCCUGCGUACAGAGAAGAGUCUCGGUGAAGAGAGCGCUACGUUUUGAGCACUUUUGCAGUUUCGUUUGUGUCUCUGUUGAAUGCACAGUUUGAUUUUGUGCAGCUGGAAAAGAGUCGACAGACAGCUUCAGCACCACGUCUCUGAACAGCUCCCGUUUCCCUUCGGCACAUUUCCCCCCGGUUGAAUGGGCGCUAUUUGUCCGUCUUUCAUAUAGCUCUUAACUGCUGGCGACUGACUGUUUGCAAUGGCAUCACACGGAUUUUGGGGUCUUGGCGCGCCAGAGAAUGCUGGUGAUAAUACCAGCAACCAAAGCCCCACUACGCCCAGGGCAUGGUGCCAGGCGGCGGCCCAAAAACUACCUGGAGGCAUUGGAUCGAAACUGUGUGCUCUACUCAGUGUUGCUGGAGAGGGCGAGAAAACAUCCGAGCCGACAUCUACCAAACUGGAUGAGACAACGGUUGGAACUUGCGGAUGCAACAAACCGUGCAAUUGUCUAAAGGCGACUGAGGCGACUGUUGGUUUCUCAGAUCUAUAUUCAACAGAUCUACUACCUGCGUUGGAUGGUGACUUGAAGACAAUGACUUUUCUCCAAGAAGUUGUGGAUAUUUUGCUGGCAUAUAUCACGGAAUCGUUUGAUAGGGAAACGAAAGUCAUUGAUUUCCACUAUCCAAAUGAAUUGCUCCAGAGAAACAACUGGGAACUGCAGGAUGAGCCAGAAACACUGGAUGAUAUUUUGAUAAGCUGUCGUGCAACUCUGAAAUACGCUAUCAAAACAGCCCACCCCAGAUACUUCAAUCAGCUCUCAACAGGAUUAGAUAUGGUUGGUCUUGCAGCUGAUUGGCUAACGUCCACCGCAAACACCAACAUGUUCACCUACGAGGUGGCUCCAGUGUUCGUGCUGCUGGAAUACGUCACUUUGAAGAAAAUGAGGGAGAUCAUUGGCUGGGAGGAUGGCCGAGGGGAUGGAAUCUUCUCUCCCGGUGGUGCCAUUUCCAAUAUGUAUGCCAUGCUGCUGGCUCGCUUCAAGAUGUUUCCUGAAGUGAAGGAGAAAGGAAUGUCAUCAGUCCCCAGACUGGCAGCCUUCACAUCCGAGCAUAGUCAUUUCUCAAUCAAGAAAGGAGCAGCAGCCCUUGGCAUUGGUACAGAGAGUGUCAUCUGCAUCAAAGCUGAUGAGAGUGGUAAAAUGAUACCAGCUGACCUUGAAAGGAAAAUACUGGAAGCCAAGCAGAAGGGAUUUGUGCCAUUCUUUGUGAGUGCGACGGCUGGCACCACAGUCUACGGAGCCUUUGACCCCCUCAUUGCCAUCUCAGAUAUUUGUAAGAAGUACCAAGUCUGGUUCCACGUGGAUGGUGCGUGGGGAGGCAGUCUCAUCAUGUCCAGGAUGCACAAGUGGAAGCUAGAUGGAGUUGAGAGGGCCAAUUCAGUGACAUGGAACCCUCACAAGAUGAUGGCAGUCCCACUGCAAUGCUCAGCCCUGCUGGUCCGGGAGGAGGGGCUGAUGCAAAACUGCAACCAGAUGCACGCCUGCUACCUGUUCCAGCAGGACAAGCACUACGACCUGUCCUACGACACUGGGGACAAGGCCUUGCAGUGUGGACGUCAUGUGGACAUCUUCAAGCUCUGGCUCAUGUGGAGAGCUAAGGGCACCAUCGGGUUCGAGGCUCAGAUUGACAAGUGUCUGGAGCUUUCGGAGUACCUGUACAACAAGAUCAAGGACCGGGAAGGAUAUGAGAUGGUCUUCAAUGGAAAGCCUCAACACACCAACGUGUGCUUCUGGUACCUCCCUCCUGGCAUGCGGUACAUGGAGGACAAAGAGGAGAAAAAGAAGCGCCUGCACAAGGUGGCUCCAGUGAUCAAGGCCAGGAUGAUGGAGUAUGGGACAACCAUGGUCAGCUACCAACCACAGGGGGACAAGGUCAACUUCUUCCGCAUGGUCAUCUCCAACCCCGCGGCCACCUUUGAGGACAUCGACUUUCUUAUCGAGGAAAUCGAGCGGCUCGGUCAGGAUCUAUAAGACUUGUGUCACCCAAAUAUCCCUCUCCUUUUCCCUAAACGGAUGAAAUGUUUGUUGUGAAUGUAUUGGUAAUCCAUUUUUCUUUCUUCCAAAGUCAUAUAUUAUAACAAGGUAUGUUUGAGAAGAAAAAAAUAAUCUAUAGAUAUAUCCAUAUUUAUGUAUCGCAGCUUUGUCGUGGACCUCCUUGGUCUGGGGUUCUGUAAAAGUUUUUCCUAGUGUAGAGUAGUGUAAUUGAUGUAACUUUAUAUGUAUUUUUUGUGAUAUGAAAUGCUAGUGCAAUAGGUU